CCAGUUCAGUUCUGUCUUGCUUUUCCUCGUUAAGCAGCGGAUUAGACACCUAACACAAGUAGAGAGAACCCUAGGGUAAAGCCUCCAAGCCGCAGCUCGAGCCAAGCCGCGCUUAAACGCGCGAAGGAACAAUUCAAUGCGGAAAAUAACGGUUCAGAGAAUCCACACUCGUCUGAUCCUCUCUCGCAAUUGCGGGCGUGUGUCUUUGUCUCACGCUCUCCUUCAAGCCAAUCCGAUAAUACGAAACCUUCGGUAACUCUUCCCCUCUCUGCCCCCUCACCUCUUAGGUUAUCGCAGUCUCCGGUGAAGGGUAAAUUUCAAUUUGUUCGCGAAGUUUGUUGCUUCGAUUUACUGCAGAUUAUAGACGUCUUCUUUCUCUGGGGCGGGCAACGAGGAUUUCGCUGGGUUUCGGUUCUCCGAAUCUGGAAAGAAGGGGGUUGCUGCGGCUCCCAUAGGUGCCGCGGAGGAUAUUUGUUACAUCUUUCGGCUUUUCUUCUUAUGGUUGUUUACAGAUGGAAGCUGUUUAUUAAAAUUGAACAAGGUAGUGUCUUGCUUCAUUCUGGUAGAGUGCUUGUCUGAAGAAUAUUUCGUACCUUGUCCCAAUGGCUGCUGAUCAGAGGAGAAAACGAUUAAGUGGUGCUAGCAUUGUUGGUUUUGGUUCUAGAGAGCAGGACAGGCAUAAAAGAAGAAAUUUUGGACCAGUGCAAAAUGACUUAAACAUGAAAUCUCACAUUUCUGUUGAGUGGGAUGCCAAUCAGAGAAGGGUUGUUGCCAAGCGGGAGCAGAUAGGCAUCAGCUGGAAACAAAUGAAGCCGCUUGUCAAUUUUGUUCCUAGUGGCCACAACAUCUUGGCUGAUGUGUUUCCCGUACCUGAAGAAAUUUUUGACUUCGAUAAUUUAAGCAAGGUUCUUUCAUUUGAGGUUUGGAUGACCCAUCUUUCAGAUGACGAGAGAAACCUUCUGAUGAAUUUGCUCCCCAGGGGCUUAGAGCCUCACCAAGUUGUUCAGGAAUUACUUUCUGGGGAUAACUUUCACUUUGGAAAUCCAUUCCUGAAAUGGGGAACCUCAUUUUGUUCAGGGGAUCUUCACCCUGAUAUGAUUGUUGAUAGAGAAAAGCAUCUUAAGUCUGAUAAGAAAUUGUACUAUGCAGAGUUACAUAAUUAUCACCAUGAUAUGAUAGGAUAUUUAAAAAAGUUGAAAGAGAAGUGGGAACACGGCCAAGAUCCAGUAAAGGAAAUCAUGCCGAAGACUUGGAGGUCAAAUAAUGUGGAGAAAAGAAUGCCCUUAAAUUUAUAUGAAUCUAGGGUUUACAAUCAUGAUGAGAAUGUUACAGCUUCAUCUGAGUCGGGUUCUUGGGCAGCUGAGGAGAAAGCAUUUAGUAGCGACAACCAAAUUUCCUUGGUGAGGAAAGGUGAUAAACUUCAGAAAAGGGCGCCUGACAAAGGCUCUGUUAAAGGUAAACCUAGGAAUCUGAUUGUCUCUUCAGAUGAUAUGCUUAAUGAGAGAGCAAGACCUAUGAAGGGAGACAAACUGCUUAAGCGUAUCACUUAUUCUAGUGAAAGCAACAAAUAUAUGUCAUGUAUCAAGAUUAGCAAGAAGCAGCAUGAACUUGUUAAGAGUAUGAAACAGACUGGUAAAAGUAUCGAGUCUAGAUCUCUCAACCGUGUUUUGGGUAAUCUUGAUAACAUUCAUGUACAAUCAUAUGAAGUAUUCAUCAAGGAAGAACAGAAGAAGUUGCAUGAGCAUUGGUUGCAGUUAGUGAACAAAGACCUCCCUGUGGCGUACACAAACUGGACACAGAGGCAUAAACAAAGAAAUGCUGUGAUAAUUUCUUUGGUGGUGGAGAUCAAGGAUAAACCGAAGAAGCUGCUGUUAGAGGAUGAGGAUGGUGAGAGCUCGGGGAGCAAGCUUCAAGAUCAGGAAGAGGAUGGAGGUCAUGAUGAUCAGUCUAUCUCAAAAGACACUGAAGAUUCUAUUUCUAGAUCCCCAGAGAAUCAGUCCCUAACACAUAAUUCAUACCGAGGCAGUGACAAUGAGGUCAACUCCACAUUGUCAGAUUCUGAAAAGACUCUUGUUUUAUCAAAAUCAGGUGAUGAUUUGCAGAAAGAAACUGAGUAUUCAAGGAAUAUGAACACUCAAGAUGUUCCUGUUGGUGAAGGAACUCCUUUUUCUUCUCGUGGCGGUGAUGUCUGGCAAGCACCUGAAAUGCCACAUUCUUACUAUGAUUCUGGUGGGACCCAUGAAUAUACAGCUAGUGGAAUGUCACUUGCAAACCCACAAGUAAAUGAAGAGCAGCAAACCCAUCUGAUUGAUCUAGAAUCUGACUUGCAUCAGGAAGAGACCAGUAAAAAAUUACAGAGGCAAUCAGGUGAUGGAUCCUUUAGUUAUCCAAACCAAGAUCGUAGUGAUUUGCUCCAAUCCCUAUUCAAGGGAGAGGGAGUGUUAUCUUAUCAUCAAGAACAAAAAGGAGCCGGGUUAGAUUUCCUGAGUUCUAACAAUGCCAUGAUAGGGGAUGGUCAAUUUUCUGGUCAUUUCAAGGAGCCCCUGCCAACAUCAUUUACAUUGGACCAGGUGCAUCGGAGACCUAGUGAGGUUUACAUGCCAGAAAACAUCUCAGAUAAUAUUUAUUCAGAUGGAGGUAGCAGAUACAUGAUUCCCAGGCAAGAUCCAUUAUCUGCAGUAAAUAUGAGUGAUUGGGCUGGUAAUGCUUCCCGCAUGUCUGCACCUCCUCAAUCUCACUUGAAUACAGGAGAAUUCAUUGGUCAGCAUUGGUUUCCUGCUGACCAUCAAGUUCGUGGUGCCUGGAGUGGAUCUGAUGGCGGUAGUCUGUCAAGUCAGAGUCUUAGCACAGGAGGCAAUUCUGAUCAGAGCUUAUUUAGUGUUCUAUCUCAGUGUAACCAGUUACGAGCAGCAAAUCCCUAUGACCCAGUCAGACACACUGACCAAUUCGUUACAACCAGAUCCUAUGGAGCAGUAGAUGCUAGCAUACCCAGGCUAAAUGCAGCUGUACCUCAAACUUCUCAUCCAUUAGAUUACUUAAGUGGACGUGAGGCUCAUAGUUCUUUGCUGCCUGAUGAUUCGGCAUGGAUGAACUUACCACAUCAGAAUCCUGCUUUACUUGAUCAAAUGGGAAAGCCGUACUUGAGGUCGUGGAAUCGGUGACUGAUAUUUUCCCCUUCCAAGGGUUUUAAGGGUUUAGAGCUUGAUUGCAAGGCAAAAAGAAUACAUGAGGGAUGCACAUUCUGUGUAUUUUUAGUAUUUUUGUGACUUAAGCAAAAUUCACAGAAGGGGUGGAUACGUACCCUGUGAUUAGUAGGUUUCUGUACAUACUUAUACCAAGGUCAACUCAAACACCUUGUUGUAUAUAUCUAGAUGUUAGAUGGGCAGGCAGGCAGCCAAGAGAGGGUAAGAGGGAGUUCUAGAAUCUCUCGUUAGGCAAGUUACAGUUUACAUUCUUAUUUGCGAUUUUUUUUCCCUUUGUUUCUCGAGAGACAUUCUUUAAUAAUUCUGGAAGGUAUGAAAUUCUGUGGCAAGUGCCUUUUUUUUUUCUUAAUGGAAAAAAUUUGUCUGGGUUA